UAGUUUUAAAUGAAGUAUUCUCCACGAAGAUUAAUACACAUCUGCAUGCGCUCGAACCAAUUUUCGAAGCACUUAUUCCACUCGUUUGCUGGUAGAUCCAAAACGACAUUUUUGUAUGAGUCAACUGCUUCUUCUGGUGACUGGAACCUUUGACCACGCAGUCUGUUUUUAAUUUUCGGGAAAGUAAAGAAAUCGUUAGGACUUAGAUCGGGAUUAUAUGGUGGAUGGUCUAAUAAUUCCAGGUUUUCUUCCGUUAAAUACUGCCUUAUUUUUUUGGGCUUUUGACACAAAUGUCGCGA